AUGUCGUUACCCCAACGUUGCGCCCGCCAGCUCUUCAGAGAGUCCUUCCAGCGCGGCUCACUACCCAUCUUCCUCGCCCCGGCUUUCUCUCCCUCCCGCACACAAUGCUUCUCGACUACAUCCCCGGCGCAGUCCCGAGUCGGAGGUGCUCCAAUCUCAAUUCCUCCGGAGGUGUCAUUCAAGCUCAUUGAUCUCCCCGAAACCCUGAUUCGCACUCGCGGAAAGGAUGUUCCCAAGUUCGCUGCUGAGAUCAAGGGUCCCAGGGGUGAAAUGACCGUCAACAUUCCCUCUUUCCUCACUAUCGCCCGCGACGAGUCCGGCCAAAAGGCUACCCUGUCGGUCCAGGAUACCGAGAUCCCUCAUCAGCGUGCUAUGUGGGGAACCAUCCGCGCUCUCAUCCAGAACAACAUCCUCGGUGUCUCCGAAGGUCACGUUUGUAUAUUGAGUAUGGUCGGUGUCGGAUACAGAGCUACAGUGGAGGACAAGGCGACCACCGUCGAACCCACUUACCCGGGCCAGAAGUUCGUCUCCUUGAAGGUCGGCUAUUCCCACCCAAUUGAAUUGGGAAUUCCCAAGGGUGUGGAAGCCAGCACACCGCAGCCCACCAGAAUCCUGCUCGAGGGUGUCGACAAGCGAGUUGUGACUCAAUUCGCCGCCGAGAUCAGAGAUUGGAGACGUCCUGAGCCCUAUAAGGGCAAGGGUAUCUUCGUCAACGGAGAGACGAUCAAGCUCAAGGCCAAGAAGAUCAAAUAA